UAUUUAACCAUGCAACUAUAGUUGCAUGGUUUGUGAAAAAGGGUUACUUUCCUUGAAUCUUUCUAUCCACAUAAUUUUAGGAAAAAGGCACAAUAUUUUUCAAUCACGCGACAUAUGUAUGUAUGUAGCACAUAUCCGUGCUAUACGCUACACUUCAAAGAAUAGAAAUCAUCGUACAUAUUUAUAUGUAUGUAAAAUAUAUGUAGGCUGUGACGACUUCAACAAAUAAAUUCAUUAGGAGCUCAACUUUCUCAAGAAAUGGUUCAAAACUUUUCGUACAUAGUUGGUGCAUAUCUCCCUACUGAAUGCAAUGUACGAUUAGGAUUUAUGGCUCUCUGACGUCAACUAAUGUCCAUAUCCAUGUGAAGAUACAUAUGUACUUGUACAUACGUUAAAUGCGCGUGUACGUAUGCCGUAAAAAUGGUUUAAAAAUUUCACAUCCACACUUGUACCUUAUUUUUAAGUACCUCAUCAACCUAUGUAUGUACCAGUCCGCGCCUGACUACAACGACCUUCACUUCUUAAAAUCCCAGCUAAAUAAAACCACAAGAAUUUCCCAAACUUCACAAUCACAAUCAUGCCUUAUCAAAUCUCACGAUACAUCCUACUUCUCUCCAUUAUCACGACAUAUCUCGGCCUCGCCCAAGAUAACUACCAAAUUCUGCAAGUGCACUCUAACUGCAUUAAUCAAACAAAUAUGAACAAAUUUGAUAACGCCUACGAAAAGUCCCCUACGAAAUUUACCAACACUCCAACGGUCGUCAUGCUAACCGCAAAUGCGAAACUUGUCUCAAUUUCUGACGCCCCUGAGGGCAAAGUGUCCAUCAAUUUCGAUAUAUGGCAGUCGUGGAGCGAUCCGAGACUCGCCUUUCACGAACCGUCCAGCUCAGUAAGGACGCCAUUUACCCACCCCUUUCAAUUUGGGUUCCAUCAAUGCUCGCAGGUUUUUACAACAUUGGAGAACAGCAAACCUCCAUCGGAUCCAAUGGGGAAGUCUUUCGCCAAGUGUUGGCCGGUAUUGAUGCACCAUUGACCGAAGUUGGCGAUACAAAGUUUCGCACGAACGUAAUGUUCAAUCCCACCGAGUUGGAGGAUGAUGUCGUUUACAGGUGGAGUCCAAAGCCGGUCACUGUUUCAGAGAAUAAAAUUCGUGGGUGUGGAAUUGCGGGUGUACCAACGACCUGUCCAACUUCCGAAGACACGGAGGGAGACGACAGAAGAAUGAACUGCAUUCGUGUCAUGAUCGAUAUUUCGUGUGCCUAAGGCUCAAUAUAAAAUAUGUCUCAACAGUUAAUAGAUAAUUUGUAGCGAGUUUUAAUACAUAUAGAUCGCCCGCAUAUAUUUGUAUUUAUCUAUAUAAAUGUACCUAUGUAUGUACAUUUCACAAUAAUUGGUAACAUAAAAGAAAAAAUUAUGUACACAAUUAAUUUUAUACUGAUUUUUCUAAUAUCCGACGUGUUGGUGUUAAUUCACGUAAGCUCAUCGACAUCUCAUGACUCGUAGAUACAUACAUGUAUGUAAGUAAAUCGAGUUGACUGCAUGGGUCAAUUUCAACAUGCCAUCACUAAAAGGCAGCUUUAGAUUCAGCUUUGUGUACAUGUUUGCCUGGGUCCAUUUCUUAUUCUUACCCCCAAAUUUAUAAAAUAACGCUCGUUUUCUAGUCUUUCCUUGGGAUGCAUUCAAAGUUAUGCAUUCCUGUUCGGUGCCGUCCAUAAAUUACGUAACGCGAUUUUCUAGACCCCCUUUAACAUGUGCAACAUAGGCACUAUAUCAUUGGAGCCUGUACCCCUCCUCCCCCUCUCGUGUUACGUAAUUGAUGGACAGCUCCUCAUGCAAUUUUCCAUGUAAGGAAUAAAAGCCACAAGAUAAUUGUAAUGCUCCCACUUUAGUUUACCCGUUUACUACCCCUUUUAAUUCUAUAAAUAAAAGGGUAAUAAAUGCCAUUUUUCAUUUAUAAGUUUAUUUCAUUUUUAGGAUGAUUUCACCCACGCCACAUUCCUAGGGCUAGCCAUUCUAAAAUUUAACACUGUUGGAGAAUAGAUAGCAUUCAGCCAGCUCGACAUUCUACUUUGCAUAUCUUUCUGAAAUUCCAUUGAUUGCAAAAUGUGCUGGAAGGAAGACUCAGGAGAUGUUCAAUCUCAACCAUUGGAAACUCUUGGGAUGCCAAAUCUGAAUCGUGUUGUAGAACAGCCAGCCGCGAGCAGGAUGACCUGUCGACAACGUUUAGAUGAGCUAGUCGGGAGAUCGAGUAUUAUGUUCGAAAUGGUGGAAUCCAAUUGUAAAAUUGCGAAAAAAAUUCUCGCUGAUGCGAAAGCUGAGCUAGAAAAAUUUAACUUACCUGGUAACAUUCGGGCCACCCUUGGCAGUGGUAACGUCGCUCCUAUCUCACUCUGGGAUGAUAUCGUAAAAGAAGUUAUCGAAUACAACGCAAAACAUCAGCAAAACAUUCUUCCAUAUACAAGAGCACUGAAGGAUUAUAUUGACGCAUUCAAGUUGGGACUGCGAUCGUAUCCACGACUUCAGGACGUUAUCAAAAACCUAAACAUUGCUGAAUCAUUUGCAACCAAAUAUGGUUCGGAUUAAAUGUUCCACCAUUACACCGUAUGCUCUCCAUAUUAAAAAAGCAACAACAGCAUCUUUAACUUUUCUACUCAAUGAUAUGUUUAAUUCAGUUUAUGGUGGAUACUGCUACUUGUAGUAAAACAAGAUGAAUUUCUUUCAAUUAUAAUUUGAAUUAUAUACCAAUUCAAUAAUAUUAAUAUUGCAUCGGCAAUAUAAUCAUAGUAAUGUAGAAUAACAUUCGAAACAAUAUAUUAUUUUUGUUGUGUGAGUGUUUUCAAAUUCUUUAAUUAAUUUUGAGCAGUAAAAAAAACUUUAAAUUUAAAAAACAAAAACAAAUUUUCCUAAAA